UAACUCAAUGUUGUAAAAACUAAAAAAAAACCGUUUUGAAAAAACACCCGAUUGCGAUGGCGAAUCAGGAUGAUGGCCUCUUCCUUCUGGAAGUGUUAAUUGAUAAAAUAAUUUAUUCCAAAAGUCCCUGUUUUUCCGACAAAGCCUUUAGGACUUGUGUCAGCGUCAAAUGCCCCGCGUGUGAUCCUCUCGAACUUUGUGACGACGAUGCCGGCGGCAGCUCCGGACUCAACGACUCUCCGUUCAUGAAGUCAUUUAACAGCGGCAAAUCCUGCCUAUUUUCACUCAAACAAUCCGAUAUCUCCAGCGCAAUGAGCAAGUUCGAAAUAAAAGUAUCCGUGUACAAAGAGCUUCCUUGUGGUUGUUUGCCAACCAAAAUAAACCUAGGAGAAGCAAUUAUCGACAUGACUAAGGAAUUCGUGCAGGCUCGCAAGAGUUUCUUAGAAGACCCUGAUAACGUCAGCUAUCAAGCUCUGAAAGAUUCAUUUCAUAUUAAAGGAGCGGAUGGUGUCGAAACCGGCGAAAUUUUAAUGUUUUUGCGUAUUUCAUGUUUCGGUAAAUUAAUUGUAACAAAAUUCCGAGGCAGCGGAGGGCCUCCUGUGUUAGGCAGUGGUAUGGGAGGGUCUGGAACUGUAGACCGAUCGUGUAACCCUCCAAGAAAAUUGCAGAGCCCCAACGACCCCUGCGCCUGCGGCGCCGCGCGCGCUUCUGGAGGGGGAGCAAGUAGCUCACACGCCGGUCCAGGGGGCGUUUGCGACCCAGCUCGAGAUCCCUAUAAUAGCAAGCCAUGUGAAGACCCUGACGAUCCAUGCUACUGCACUGGUCCAAAGCCAGAUCCUAAGCAGCAGAUGGCCUGCAGAAAUACGGAGCAAUACUGCUUACAUGUACCUAAAGAUUGCUGCCCGCCGGGAAACAAGGUGGUAUUUCAAAUGCCACAAGACACCUGCGCUUUGAACCACAAGCAGCGAGCGCAUUUCAGUCUGACGUCUGACGGCGUUGGUGACAUGACCCGAGAGGACCCGGCGCAGCUGAUGUCUACAGCGGCGCAGGACUACCCCGGCGUCGUCUACGAUUUCUCCAAUCGCGUGAUAAAGCUUAAAAUCGGGAAAACCGUGGAGGGUGCGGGCCGAAAAUCGAAACUGGAAUAUCAGUUUAUAACACCCAUUCCUCAUUACGAUAAAGUUGUACCAGUUAACGACAAUCGCGGCUCCCAAUGUGUGCCCGCUCGUCGGUGUUGUACACCAUGUCAUAGCUGUUGCCCAAAUUAAUGCCUCAAUAACGCCUUGACCCCUGCCUAAUUCAUCAAC